AAGAAUUUCAAAUUUUGUUUACACUUGAAAAAUUUAUUUUGAAAUUAAAAUAAUGGCAGAUAAUAAUGAAAAUCCUAAGCUUGAAUGGAUGUAUAAAACAGGUCAAGAUUUGUUGAAUCGUGAAGAGUAUUUGACUGGUCGUAAAGUAGACAAACAAUUUGAAGAAUUGACAACUUCCGAAAAUUGUGUUGAACAUGAAGUUUUACCAGCAUCAAUAAGCAGACGAACGAAUCUUUUUGAAAAACAUGAUCAAGUUGAUAUUGUUAGAAAGCAAAUGGAAGAUCCUCUCAUGGCCAUCAAGCAAAAAGAAAUGGAAGCAAGAAGAAAAAUUCUCGAAAACCCCGUGAAAUUGAAAGAACUUCAUCGUUUACUUAAAAAAGAAAAGGAUGAGCAUGGUCUCGAUAAAUCUCCAAAACACCCCUCAAAAAAAUCUAAAAAGAAACGAAAAUCGAGUUCAAGCGACUCUUCAUCGGACUCUGAAGAUCUCGACAAACUUCUGAUAGAAAAAUAUAAAAACAUUAAAGAUAAUUCCAGAAAUGAUUCCGAUGACGACUCAAAUUUUAUAGAGAAAAAGUUUAAAACGCUUAAGAACGAACUUGAUAGAAUUGUUAAAAACAAAAAGAAGAAGCGAAGUUUGUCCAGAGAUUCCGGAAGAAGAAAUUCACGAGAACGUCGCAGGGAAUCACCUGAACGAAGAAGAAGAAGACGAGAUUCUCCUGAAAGAAAACAAAAACGAGAUUCACCAGUACGAAGAAGGCGAGAAUCACCUGUACGAAGAAGACGAGAAUCACCACAAAGUGGACGAAGACGAGAUUCGCCUGAACGAAGAAGACGAAAUAAAUCGACUGAACGAUGUCGUGAUUCAUUAAAGAAAUCUGAUAAGAAAAUGUCAAAUGAUCGUAAUCGUGACGAAAGGAAGAGAAAAUCGUCCGCAUCUCCCAAAAGAUAUCGAAGAGAUUCGCCCAGUCCUCGUGAGAAGAAUAAAGACACCAAGUACAGAAAUCCUUCACCACCCAGACGUAAAUCUAGUUCUCCAGAAAGAAAAGCGUCAUCAAGUGAGCGAGAAUCAUCACCUGUAAGGAAACAGACAAAUUACGAUGAUUCUGACGAUGAACAAAGGCAAAGAAAACCGAAAGCUUUUGGUUUGGUAACAGCAUCAGGCGAAAAGAUUGCUCUAAUGAAUAAAGGAGAAAUCAAACGUUAUACUAAAGAAGAAUUGAAACCGAUCCGUGAAGCUCCAAAGAAACAAGAAGUUAAACGAAGAAAAUCCUUGACGGAGGAAGAAAUGGACAAAAUUCGACUUGAAAUGAUGGAAAAUGCUGAAUGGCGUGAAAAAGAUCGUGAAAAGACUGUUAAAAAAUAUCGUGAAUCAGAAGAACGAGAAAAAUUAAAUCACGAGAAAGAAUUCGAUAAAACUUUCCUAAACCGAGCAAUGAAAAAAGCUCAAGAUCAAGUGAGCUCCGUUGAGUCUCGAAUUAAAAGUAAAUUGAACAACAUCCAGCGAUCAUCAAGGACUAUGGACUCAAAUUUUGCUAAACGUUAA